AGAGAACAAACGCGGCUUCAUCUCUCAACACUGAGUGAUCCACAGAAGAAAAACCAAGAGCAGGGACGAAAAAAGUUGAGCUCAUCUUCGCUGCACUUCUUCGUUAUUCUUACAGCCUCCCCCCUCUUUUUAAAAGUAGGACCACAUAAGUACGAAAUACGUACAUCUAUAUGUAUAUGCUCUAAUGUUUAUAAGCAGAACACUUUUGUCUGACUAAAACAAAAAACAAAGCAAAACAAGAACAGCCUUGUGCUCUUGUACGUGUGAGGCGGUGUUAAGGAAGCAUCGUGCGCUUUGAGUAUACGUAAGUAUUUUUAUUCAUUUGUUAGUGAUCUUUCUUUACUUUGACGCUUUCGUUGAACUACCAAGCAAAUAAACAUAGCACUACGAGACAAGGGACGUACGUGACGCUUUGGCGUUGACAGGCGGUGCAUCAAUAUUUCUCCCCCCUCUUUUAAAACGAAAAUUGUGUUUCUUUUUUUUUCCCUUUUCUGUGUUGACACCAUCAUCUCUUCUCUCUUGCCUUUCUUGCAGAGUAGUAAGUUCGCUACAGGCGUAAAAUAAACUUGUUCAGAGGAGCAGCGCGUGUUUAACGCUCUUCAUUAUAUUUUAAUUGGAUAGUUUUCAUUAUCUUUUUUUUUUCCUUUGGUUCAUUUCGUGCAAAUAAAGAAAGGCCGAAAGGAUCAUAAGUUCUACCCUCCAACACAGCACAAGUGACAAAUAAUCUCCAAUAUUAAAAAAAGCUGGCAGGAGGUGGUGGACAAGGCUGCGUUGAAGCGUAGGACAGCGCUGAUUAAAAAAAAGGCCAUUGACGGCAACCGUAGGUAACUACUAUUUUCCCUUGCUUUGCUUUGUGUCCUGCGACUAAGUUUGCAGUCUUUCAUUUGUGCUCUAAACUUUUAGUUAGACCCUUUUCUUUUUGUGUGUUCCCACUAACGUUAUUCCACUCCUGUUUUUCUUUCAUUCUUACUACUGGUGCCGUGCUUACUGAAGGUAGUGGCUUGAGCACAUGCCGAACGCUCGCUCUCCUCCGUCUACGGAAAGCGUUACGCGGGAUGACCCCAACGCCGAUCCCCCAAGCCGCUCUGCAUCCGUCAUCACUCCCGCCGGACCGAACCGUGUCCGGCGUGCGGCCGCGUUUCUCGUCUCAUUCGUUCGUCUCUCCAAGUACGGCCUCGGCGUUGUCCUUAUUCUGUGUGUCACGGUGAUCUGGGUCGCGUCAUCUGAGUUCAUUCAAUAUAUCUUCGAAUCGUUGGACUUCAACAAGCCGUUUUUCCUCACCUACUUCAACACCACAGGUUUUUGCCUAUGGAACGCGGGCUUUCUGCUGUCAUCGCAGUGGCGACGCACGCCGUGGAAUGAGGAGUCGAGGACGCAGCCGGUGUGCAUCGAGGAUGCUCGGCUGGAGUCGAAGCCGGACCUCGAGGAGGAAGACGAGCCUACGGGGGGAACGGAGCCUGCCUCGCCGGAAGAAAUCGGCGGCGCGCCGGGCGUUGGUCAUCGCACCGGUUUGCCGCCGCCAUCGUCGCCGAACAGGAACGCCUCGGUGAACAUCACCCUCGCCUGUGCCGUCGUUGAUGGAGAUGUGCAAGGGGACGAAAAGCUGCCACCUUUGAAUGGAGGUUGUUGCGGUGCGCCGGGUCGCAAGCACCACGGAUCCGUCUCACCUCCUCUCCGGCGUAACGGCGCGCACGGAGCGCAUGUAGCGCACACCAGAGAGCCGGUCUCGCCGUCUGCGCCAGGGCCGUUGCUGCCGCCCAAUGCAUCACGUGGAUCCUUUACCAGUGAGCGGCAUGGCGGUGGCGGUGGACCAGGGAACCGAUUAGCCGACAACGACGACGUGGACAUGAGGAGUGAACUCGGUGAGGCGAACGGCACGGUCGUCAUGACGCAGCGGUGCAUGGCAGAUGAGUGCCGGGACUACUCUCUCCCCUCCUCCUCCGCCUCCAGCGCUCGCGAGGAGGUGGUGACGGUGGUGUUUACCGACGAGUACGACCAGUACGACGAGCGCGUGGCGAAUUCGCGUGCGUCGCGUGCAACGCUGCACGGUGGUGGAGAAGGAAGAUUGGCGCAGGGCAUCGCAGAGCAACAGCGGGACGCGACGCGCCAUUCAGGCGUCAUUUCGCCUGAGCUGUUGGAGCAGGAUCCGUUAGAGGGGCCUCACCCUCGCCGCUCGCACAAGCGCGCGCGUCAGCAGCGCAUCUUGCGUUACUCCCUCCGACGAAUUUGGACGUGUGCGCUUUGCUUCUGUCCGUUGUGGUUCCUGGCCAACUACCUCUUCAACCUCUCCCUCUCCAUUACCUCUGUCGCAUCCAACACGGUGCUGAGCUCCACCUCGUCCAUUUGGACGUUGCUCCUGUCCUACGUGAUGCUGCGGCAGAGGGUGGGAAUUCACCGCAUCGUGGCGGUGGCGAUGUGCGUGAGUGGCUCCAUCAUGGUCGGGCUGGCCGACAAGGACGCCACCGGCGGGAACAACACCAUUGGCGGCGACAUCGCGGCUCUUUUGUCCGCCUUCUUCUACGCCGCCUACACCUCCGUCCUGAAGUGGUACCUGCCCGACGAUGAGCGCUACUCCAUGGGGAUGGUGUUCGGGGCAGUGGGUGCGCUGAACUUCGUUUUUCUCUGGCCGGGGCUGCCGAUCUUGAGUGUCACCAAAGCUGAGCCUUUCGCCUGGCCGACGGGGCAGCAGCUUUGGCCGUUGUUUGUUAACGCUCUCGUCGGAACGAACCUCAGCGAUGUGCUGUGGGCGCGCAGUGUGGUCUUGACGUCGCCAGUGGUGGCCACAUUGGGCCUGUCGCUGACGACGCCGCUCGCCAUGGUGGUGGACGCCAUCUUCAAACACGCCCACUUCAACGGAAUCUACAUUUCUGGGGCUGUCCUUGUGAUGCUGGGCUUUUUGUUGGCAAACUUGCCGAUUGAAAUUAACUUACGUGUUUAA